AUGGCUCCACUAACACAAGCGUCGAAAAGCCCAAAUGUCCAGUUGUCGCGGCGCAAGCAACAUAGCCGCCGAGGGCUGCGCAUCAAAGCCAUUAUCCUCCGAUUCCUCAUGAAAAUCGGCAUGGUUCUUCAUGGCUACCCAUUCCCCAGACCACCGUUACCACAUUUCACCCGAUUUAUUCAACCUUCUCCCUCCUCCGGUGCAACCCUGGCGGUCCCUUCCCAUUCCCGUUGUCCCUCUGCCUCCCCUCGAUUACGAAAUAUAUGCUUACACUUCUACACUCCGUUCAACUACCAAACAAACUCCCCCGACGGCAAAAGGUGGCCGGUGGUCGUGAACUUCCACGGCGGGGGGUUCACCAUUGGGUGCGCAACGGAUGAUGGCCGCUGGGCGCGCAUCGCCGUUGAAACCACUCACGCCGUCUUCGUGAGCGUAGACUAUCGGUUAGCGCCCGAGAACCCUUUCCCAGCUGCCGUAGACGAUGGCGUUGAUGCGUUGCUGUACCUCGAGGCCAAUGCAGAUGCCUUUUCACUCGAUAUGACCCGCGUGAGUGUGACGGGGUUUUCGGCAGGAGGCAAUCUUGCCGUUACCGUCCCGUUGCGUUUACAGCACCGCAUCAUGCAACAUCAACAGCUACAACAACAGCAGCAGCAGUGGAAACAGCAACCCCAGGAGCAGGAACAAUAUCGACCGGAGUCCCGGCAGCACAUCCCAGACAGCGAUAUGAGCGACGAUGAUAUCGGAUUAGUAGAUUCCAACCAAUUCCUUCUGAACGGAAGCGCUAGCCCGGCCCGUUCACAACCAUACCCAGAAACACCCCCCAAAAUCAAACUCCUCAGCAUCUUCGCAUGGUACCCCAUCCUCGACUUCGUAACAACCCGCGAAACACGCAGCAGCCGCUCCAAGAACCCCGAUAAGUGCCUCCCAGAUUUCCUCACCACCCUCUUCGACGAGUCCUACAUACCCGACCUGGCAGAUCGCGCCUCGCCGUUUGCCUCGCCUAUCCACGCAUCCGAUGACAUCUUGCGCGAAGGGCUUCCGGCAGAUAUCUUCAUAUGUAUGUGCGAGUGGGACAUGUUGCUCGAGGAAGGGCGGGAGUUCGCGCAGCGGCUGGAAGGGAUGGGGAAGAAAGUGCGGUCGAUGACGGUCGCGGGACAGCGGCAUGCGUGGGAUAAGAGCGCGAACCCGCUGCGGGACCAGGGGUCUGUGGAUGCUAUAUACAGACAGGCGUGUCAGGAAAUGGAGCUUAUUUUUGAGAGGGGGCGCAAGUAG